UCUAACUGCCUAAACCAGACCGAUCAAUACUGUCAAACCUGAGCGUCAUCGGUUAUUGAUCGAUGAAGCAGGUGUGUUAGCAGGUGUAUUUGACUCGUUUUCUUCUUCACUUUGACCAGCCUGUCUUGGAAACAUGCUGCGCGUGAGGGCGGCUGUGUGGCGGUCUUGGAGGGGGUUCAAAACGUUCCCUUGUGCAGCUGUGGAGGUGAAAAAUGAGCCAAUCCUGGGCUUCAGAGAAGGGAGUGCUGAAAGAAAAGAGCUGCUGAAGGCCUUGGACAGUCUAAAGGGGAGGACGGAGGAGAUCCCAUGUGUGGUUGGAGAUGAACAUGUGUGGACCAAAGACAUCAGAUAUCAGUUAUCUCCGUUCAAUCACUCGCAUAAGGUGGCGAAGUUCUGUUACGCUGACAAGGAGCUUAUCAACAAAGCUAUCCUGGCGUCUGUGGCGGCGAGGAGGGACUGGGACCUGAAGCCCGUCCAGGACAGAGCCCAGAUUCUCUUCAAGGCGGCCGAUCUAAUCAGUGGACCCAGAAGAGCCGAAAUCCUCGCCAAGACCAUGAUUGGACAGGGUAAAACUGUGGUCCAGGCAGAGAUCGAUGCUGCCGCAGAGCUCAUUGACUUCUUCAGAUUUAAUGCCAAACAUGCUGUUGAGCUGGAGAAACAGCAGCCAAUCAGUGCUGAGGGAAGCACGAACACGAUGAUCUAUCGUGGACUGGAGGGAUUUAUAGCAGCUGUGGCCCCGUUCAACUUCACUGCCAUUGGUGGAAACCUGGCAGGUACUCCAGCUCUGAUGGGUAACGUUGUACUGUGGAAGCCCAGUGACACUGCCAUGUCUGCCAGCUACGCCGUCUACAAAGUCCUGAGGGAGAGCGGUUUGCCCCCAAACAUCAUCCAGUUUUUACCAGCUGAUGGUCCGGUGUUCGGAGACGCCAUCACGUCCUCUGAGCACCUGGCAGGCAUCAACUUCACCGGCAGCGUCCCGACGUUCAAGCGUCUUUGGAAGCAGGUCGCCCAGAACCUGGACACCUUCAGGACCUUCCCUCGACUGGCAGGAGAGUGCGGCGGGAAGAACUUCCACUUUGUCCACAAGUCGGCGGAUGUGGAGAGCGUGGUGAAGGGGACGAUUCGCUCUGCGUUCGAGUACGGAGGUCAGAAGUGUUCGGCCUGCUCCAGGAUCUACGUACCAGACAGCAUGUGGCCGCAGAUCAGACAGGAGCUGCUGGACAUUCACAAAAACAUCAGCGUAGGAGACCCGGUGGAAGACUUCAGCACCUUUUUCUCAGCUGUGAUCGACGACAAGUCAUUUCUUCGGAUAAAGAAGUGGCUCGACCACGCCAAGUCCUCCUCUAAUCUCAAUAUCAUCGCAGGUGGAAACUGCGACGAUAAGAAGGGUUACUUUGUGGAGCCGACCAUCAUCGAGACCACAGACCCACGGGACGCCAUCAUGAACGAGGAAAUCUUCGGGCCCGUCCUGACAGUUUAUGUUUAUCCUGAGAACAACUACAAAGAGGUGCUGCAGCUGAUCGACAGCACGUCCCCGUACGCCCUGACGGGGGCCGUGUUCGCACAGGACAAGAGUGUGAUCGACGAGGCAGCUGCAGCCUUGAGGAACGCCGCAGGGAACUACUACGUCAACGAUAAGUCCACCGGCUCCGUCGUGGCUCAACAGCCAUUUGGUGGCGCCAGAGCUUCAGGAACCAACGAUAAACCCGGGGGCCCACACUACGUCCUGAGGUGGACGUCCCCGCAGGUGGUGAAGCAGACCCACGUCCCCCUCACAGACUGGAAGUACCCCUAUAUGGGCUGAGAGGGAGUCCAGUCCUGCAGCCUGCUGAUCCAAUCAGAGCCCUCUGACGGAGCUAAUUCUCCAAUCGCCAACGACACAUACAUACAGACAGACUCGUGUCUUUGUCUCUCUGUUUGCACUGAAGCUGGACAUGAAUGUAUUUGAGGACAUGAUGAGAACGUCUUCCGUCCGUCAACUGUCAGACGGGCUGCCGGUGAUGAAUGUUAGUUAAACAAAAUCUCUGAAGAAUCGUCAGAAUCGUUAGCUGUGGAAAACAAAGUGUUGAUGUUCAACUAGAAAUCAUUUUAUUCUUUUUUUAAAUAACAGUUCAAACAAGUCGACGAGUCAAAGUAAUCUGUUACUGUCUGAUAAUCGAUUACAUUUUAAUGUCAAAUGGGAAAAAUUCCCGUUUUUACUCUUCUGUGAUGACAAACUGAAAUGUUUGAACAUUUGAAGACGUGAAACAUUUCCACUGUUUUUAGUUGCUGGUACGUUAUUUUAGGUCAGUAUGAGAACAAAAAGAGUUCUCUGAGACUGUUACAUCUCUAAAGCCCACUAAUGUCUCAUAUUUAUUAGUUUGACUGUUGAAAUACAUGUAAACUGAUAGAAGAGGAGGAGGAGGAGCUCUCUGUGAUAAAGAGGCUGUUUCUUCUUCUGUCCCAGUGCAGUCCGUCUUUCGGUACUUUAAUGGAGGACAGCUGAGUCCACAUCAGUUAACUGUCUCGCAGGCUGAAUGUGGACGACUUUAACUCGAACCUGCUGUCAGACGUCUUGUGAACUGCUGAAAUGUCCUUUUUUAAAGUGCUGACACGUUCAGAACGACUUCAGUUUGUGCUGCUUCGUCUUUUAUCAAACAGUUUGAGUAACAUAUAUUUUUGUAUUUGAAUCUUUUUCUGAUUUACGGUGGUGUGUCCUCAGAACCUGCCUGCCUUAGUAACUCUGUAAAUUCAGAUUAAUUUUUGACAAUAAAUAUUAAAUUAUUAAUAUUA